AUGCAGCGCGCGGUGCCGCGGGGCCCUUCCGCGCCCCGCCGCCCCCUCCUGCUGCUCUUGGCGUGCCUCUCGAUCGCACAAGGCAUCGAUGAGGGUGUCGGGCGGGCGGCAUGCGAUGAUGUGCCCGCGGAUUUGGUCGAGGCGGCCAACCUGACGAUCGAGGAGGAGGCGAUGCUGGAGAAGGUGUGCUGGCGCGAGGAGCUGGCGCGGGAAUGGCGGGAGCGUGGAGGUUUGGGGGCCAUCCCGGCCAGGGACGGAAUCCCGGCGGGGGUUGUGUGCAAGAAGACAUUGUGGUGUGACAGAUACAAGAAAACAGGAAUCUGUUCGGAGGUGUGCAAGCCAGGAACUGUCAGACUGGACGAAUGGCUGGUGAAUGCCAUCAGGACGCAGGUGGAGCUGGCAAGCCAACUGCCCUUCUGCUACUCCCAGUUUUCUGGCACACACAACAGUGCCAUCACCCUUGCCAAUGGCUACGGCAACAGGGACCUCCAUUUUCAGCAGUACUUCAAGUUCAUGAAACAUAUGGAUGCUGACGCCAAAUUUGAAACCAACGACCAGUGGUUCAGCUUGACUGAUCAAUUAAACAUGGGUGUUCGUCUGGUGGAGCUCGAUGUACACUAUGUAGAGCACAAGCUCCGGAUUGCCCACUGUGGUGGAAUUCACAGCAAACCAUUGGACGAUUUGGUGAAGGUGUUGAAUGUAGUGGCCAAGCUGUUGGGGGACCAUGUCUUUUGGGACUCAGAGACAGUGGGUUGCCAACCAAGCAUGAGUUCCAUCGGAGUGCACGAUGAAAGGCUGUUCAGAGAUGCCCUGCAGGAAAUAGCACUGUGGAUGAAUCGGACAGAGAACCAAGACCAGUUUGUGACCAUUUUGUUGGACGCGCAGAUGGACAUUCAGCAAUGGGGCAAACUUCAUUUGCUAAUGAACACAAUUUUGGAGGUGUUUCCAAAAGAGCUGAUCUUCACACCACCUGAUGUUGAAGCUUUCUUCGAGAGUGGCCCUUUGCCAUCGUUUGCACAGAUGCUGGCUCUGGGGAGACGUAUCCUGUUCAUCGUCGAUGAGGAGUGGUCCAGGGACUCAUGGAAGCUCAUUUUCAGCAACCGCCACAUGUGUGACUGGACUGAGCCCAGCCUGGGAGCCCUCCUUGUAUCUCCAAGCUGCUCAUGCAUCGUUGAACAACCUGGACAGCCAUGCGAUCCAACCAUGUAUGGCCAAGUGAUGCGUGUGGAGACAUGCGAGCUGACAUAUGGGGUAUUCGACUGCGGCCUGCACGCGUCUGACUCCGAUGGUCCGAUCCUCGACAAUGUCACACUGCCCCGUGCCUACGACUGUGGAAUCAACUUCCCCUCCCCCGAUUUGCUCACCCCGCAGCGCGCAGCUGCCACCAUAUGGAGCUGGGCCCCAGGGCAGCCACAGAAGAACUCCACUGCCAAUGGCCCCAUGUGUGUCUACAUCAGCGCGUCAGAUGGCCGGUGGCGCUCCCAACCAUGCCAAGCUGGGCUCCCAACCGCAUGCAGACAGGUUGGUCAUAGGCCACGUUGGCGAUGGGCAUUGGAAGAAUCGAACGAUGGUGGGUGCCCAACUGGUUUUGUGGCCCGUGCGCCACGGCAUGCACUGGAGAAUAGCGCUCUGCAGCGGAUGCUGCAGGGGGCAGGGCUGGCGGUAGCACGGCUGGAGUUGGAGCUGCCAACGCCUGGCAGGGAGCCAAUGAGGAAAUGGGGUUCGCCAGUUGUGGUGGAGGUGUAA